AUGAUGCGGGGAGGCGCGCCCGCACCGUCACCGACGCCUCAUGCAGGCACCCUGUACUGCCCAAAUCCUGCGGCGAAAUUCCUCGAGGCGCUCAAGUCGAAUAUGGAGAUGCCUCGCCCAGGCGUAACCCUCGACGAUUUCCCCUUUUUCCCGCUUCCGCCCGCAAACUCUUCGGUGUACACGGACGUAGUGAUAACGAUACACCCGCUGGGGCCGACUUCAGCACGUCUCGAAGUCUGGAAUCCCAAACAGCAGGCGUACCCCGUGCUUCUUCUUUGGAUCUCGCUCCUUAUCAGGCCAGGCACUCCCCCGAACCGCUUUGCCGUCCGGGUGUCUUCGCGCCUGCUUCGCACAGAGGCGUCGCGGAUUCUUGUUGGUGCGGCGCUCUCUUCCGCAGCUGUUCAUCCGCUGUUUGCGGCGUAUAAUCACCUCGUUGUGCGACUCCCGUCAGACAGCGCCACAGGCAGUGGCAGCGACAAAGACUUCGAGACAUACUGGCUAGAGAAACAGCCUCCACGAUUCGCUCCCCCGGUCCAGCCCGCGCCGAUUUGGCGGCCUAAUUCAGCGCCUUCGCUCUGGAAGGCCGAGCAACAGUGGGCUCCAGAAGGAUCCUUCGCAGGAACCGGCACCCCGGCUCCAGUUGACCCUCGAUAUCUGAGCGGCUCCGCGGCAGGGGUCACAAACCCUCACUUCGCUUCGGCCUCGCCGCUGACUGCGCCGGUGCAGCCGUUCCACGGUGUCUCAGGGGUUCGUCCUGCGGGUGUUUAUCCGUAUGUCGGGGCAGCGGCAGUGGAGAGAGAGCAAGCGCCGGUCAGAGAGAGAAGCAUCUUGCAGUACAUUGACGAAGUCGCUCGCGUUUCUUCAGGCGCGCAAGCGUAUGGCGGAGGUGGCCGUAGCGCUCUCGAACUCGCCUCCUUUCUACGCGCAGCCAAUGGGGACAGACCCGCCGGCGCCGAGGGAACACACUACCCGACCUACGCGUCCCUCCCCCAGCCCGGUCUCCACGUGCCCGCCCGGCCUGCGCACGGCGCCGUGGCACCGGUCGAUACUGCAGGGGUGCCACAGCGGACAGAACUGGACCUGGAUGGCCAUCUCAGGGAUAUCCAGGAGACGUUUGAGGGAGUGCCCGAAGCUUGGGUGACGGGUCGCUCCGGGCUGCGGAAGCGUCAGGCGGCCAGUCGGGUCCCGCCCGCUGCCUCGCCCGAGGGCCUUCCGACGGUCCGCAUCCUCGACGCCGGGUCUCCGCGGGCGUGGACGCCGUGUUUUCCCGCCGAGGGCGAGUUGGCUGCCUCGCCGCCGCUUCCGCCUUCGUCGGCGCAGGCGAGCCACGCCGGCUUGACACACGGGCCUUCGCUCAAGCCCCGACAGGGGCGCGGCUGCUCCGCUCUGUCGCCUGGAGAGAACGCCGGGCGAGGGCGUCACGCGGAAUACGCGGCGACUUCCGCAGACGACGGCAGAGGCGCGGCAGGCGAGGGGCGGCCGCCGGGAGGCGACGACGUGUGCUCAGUCGCAGAUGCCGCGGUGCCUGAGUCACGGUCGUCGCCGCCGCGCUGUAAAAGGGAAUCGAAAGGCGCCCAGCCAGGUGGGCGUGCAACCUACGGGGACGAGCAACCCCGGACCCCGGCGAGCUCCUCGGAUUUCUCCUUCGGGAAGCGGCGAGGCUUCAACGACGGCGCCCAUGACUUUUCGUCCCUCGAGGAUGGAAGCAAAGAUGCGAAGGACGACGAUGAAUGGACAUCGUUCGAGCGAGCUCGGCUUCGGUGGCUGAGGCGCCGGAAGGGGGAGGAGGACGACGAUGACGACGACUCGAUGUUUGACGACGACGACGAGAAGCUAGAUGCAGUGACGCUGCCGUCGCCGUUCUUUCUGGAUCACCUGCAGCGGAUGCAAGAGAAGGAGGAGCGCCUCCGGUCUCGAAUCCAGGCGCUCAACGCAGCAGUGCCUACGGAUCACCGGCGGCGCGCCUUCGAUCAGCUUUUCGGUAAGUGGAAGAAGUCUGCCAAGCCGACGCUCAGCAAUGCCGUCGACGACCUCGUUGACCAGCUGCUGUAUACGAUCCCGGCGGGCACUCGCCUGGCGGGGAAAGCAAGCAAGGCGCGCCGCCUGCGGACGACUAAGGCGAGUGAUGACGAUGAGGACGAGGGCGGGGUGCGAGGCCGCCUGCGGUUCUUCGAAGACCUCUCCGAGAAACUGGAGGCCAAACAGAGAAAGGAGCGCGACCGCGAACGACGAAAGCAAAAAGUAUACCCCAACUCGAAGGAAGUAAAGUCUGCGCUAGGGCAGGACUUGCUCUCGCGUCGCCGGAAGAAGCUGCAGGAUGAAUCCGACGGCGGCCUAGCGAGAAGCAGUGUUGCAGGCUCCGCAGACGAUACUCUCGGGGGCUCCGGCCCCGCGGGAGGAGAUACAAAGACCGCGCGAUCGCCUUCGCUCGCGCGACCGCCUUCUCAGGUGAUCUUUGCAGCUCCUCUCGUCACCCCUUCGCCGCGCGCCGAGGCUGCCGGCGGCGACGCGACGAAAAUGGGCCUGUCGCCCGCCCUGGACUUGUCGUCGCUGAACCGCGAAGCGGCCAAGGCGCAGGACAAACACAUGUUUUUUCCAGACGCGCGAAAGCUCGUAGCGGUGCGUUUCUCGACCUCGCCGGAGCGGCUGGCGAGCGCUGCAGAACUCGCGCCGUCCGCGCCUGCGGAGCCGCCUGCUAUCGGCGGGUCGCCGCAGCCGUUUGCGCCGACGGCGGGUCUCGUUAGCUCCGCGGCGACCACGCCCAGGCCGUCGAUGUUCGCCUCCACGAGAUCCUGCCUGGCGCCGUCGACCUUCAUGGCAGCAGCGCGUGAGAGCUCCGCUGGAGCGGGCAGUUUGACGGCGCAGGGCUACCAGGCGGCGCACCGGCUCUUGGAUCGCUUUAACUCUGCCACCUCGUCUGUCGGCGCUGCAGAUAGCCUGCAGGCGUCUGGACCGUCAAAUUCGGUCAAACUGUUCGAUGAACCGCGCGUGGGGGCCGCGUUUCCAGGCGACACAGAGGAGGAGAGUGCGAGAGCCUGGGAGGGGAGCGACGGAGAUCUUGGGUCGCGGGACGUCUCAGCUCGCGGACAUCGGCAGGACUCAGCGAGCAUUCACUCCCGUAUGGACUCGGGAAGGACGGCGCGACACCACCCACUGGUGACGAUAUCGCCGCCGACCACGUCUCAUUCCUCUCACUGUCGUUUGUCGUUGUCUUCGUCCACCUCAGCGUCCUCAGCCUCCUCGGCUAAAUCCUCCUCUCGCGCGAAGAGUACCUCGUCACGAGGCUUCGCUGGGCGGGGGACGCGCUGCGUGAAACGUGCCUUCGAAACGCCUCCUCUUUGCUCUUUGCCUUCAUCUUCAGUCAGUCCUUCCUCGUCAGACAGCCGGAAGUUUUACAGCCCCGGCGCCUUGCUGAACCCCCUGCCGAUCGUUCCCUACGCAGAUUCAACUCCGUUAUCGACGUCGUCCCUUCUGUCCUUCCUCCCCGACAUCCCGCCAGCUUCGCCUGCAGAGCGCCGGUCCUGCGAGCGGGCGGCGGCCUCGCUGUCGAGGGCAGAGGACCGAGACGAAGAGGUCGAUGCGUGGGAUACCUUGUCUUCGCGAGCCGAGGAUCCUGGGUUUCAGAUGCCAAGCAGGUUUGCGGUGCGAUCCACAGUGGCUGGGAACUCGCUGAUGUCUAUGGCUACAAGGAGGGUUUCCGGCAAUGCUCCGCGGUCGUCGUGCUCGCUGUCUUCACGGCGACGUGGUCUCCGCCUCUUCCAGCCUUCAGCUAUCCACCUUCAGUGUCCUCCGUCGCUCCCUAGUUCGCCUUCCUCGAGUCGGGAGAGGGUCUCCUCUCUUGCCAGUCUUCCGUCUCUGCCUCCUGAGCCCCUGCCGGAGCCGGGCGACCGCGCUCCGAGCAGGGAUGCCUCCGUGAUGUCUCCUCGCCGGUUCCGCGGCUGCGCUCGGUCUCCCUCGUUGACUUCCGCUGCUUCCGUCGCUUAUGCGACGUUGCCCUCGCCUUCGUCUCCACGCUUUUCUGUGUCGCUAUCUGCGCGAUUGACUCGCCAAACCUACUCCAAGUUUCGUUCUUCAAGCUCGUCUCCGUGCCUCUCUGCACGCGAGCGCAGCUCAGCGUGGCUCCGCGCGAGGUCACUUCCUGGUUUUUCCUCUUGUCUGUUUUCGUCCGACUUGAUCGUCUCGCAUUUCGCGUCCUCUUCUCUGCUCCACGCCACCUGCGCAGGGCGACGCUCGCGUCGCCGCACGCUGUCUGUGUCGCGUGGAGCCGGCACUGGCGACUCGCAGGUGGACGGAGACCAGCCCCCAAGCAAGCGGGCGUUCUCGGCCGUCCUCGAGCCCGUCGCGACGCAUGGCGCGGAGCCGCCAGCGAAGAAGGACUUGGCUGCAUCCGGAACAAGCGCCGGUGGGGCGAAGGCGCAGCCCAAGCAGGCGAGUGGGCGAGCGAAAUCGCCUGCGGGCGCACAAGUCAAGCCGCCAGGAGCGGCCCAGGAGAGCCAGACGCAGUCGCCCCAAAAGAAGGCGGCGCCCGCGUCUGCGUCUGGCAAGGCUCAGGACGGUGCGCAGCCGACGAGUGCAGCCAAGCAAGCCGCGAAGCCCGUGUCUGCGCAGAAGCAAGAGGUGACCAAGGUCGCGACUUCGCGCAAGCCUUCGGCCGCGCCUCCCGGAAGUCCUGAGCGCCCUACCGGGUCUGCUGCGAAGACGGGAGGGCCAGCGGGCAAGGCGAAAGCAGCCGCAGGCGAGGAGCUCCAGUUCCUGGAAACGAGUUCUUCAGGCUUUUUGUCGCGUCUUUUCUCCUCGAUGGCGAUCCUGGAUGGAGACGAGCAAUACGAGCCGGUGCGCCAGAGGGCAGCUAGGCCCCAGGGGAGCCCAGACGCCUCGCAGCCCCCCGCGACUCGACCGGACGCAGGAGCCGAGUGCGGCGAACCCACAGGUGCCUCAAAAGCCGGGGAGAAGGCUGCUGACUCUGGAGACCCCCUGGUUGCUUCGAAGGCGAGCCCAGCUCGCCGUCCGUCACCCAACAAGGCAAAGGAGCCUGCGAAAGGCCAGGCCAAGAAGCCCCCGGGGCCUCCCCCGCCUACGGGGAAGCGGCCGACUCCCGAGAAGGCGCCUGCGGAGGCUCGGGCGGAAUCUCGAAACCCGUCGCCCCAACGCGACAAGGCAGGCAAGGUGCAGGGGCUAGAUGCCGUGAAGAACCUACGCGCUGCGCAGCCUCUGAAGCAGGGGGGAGAGGGACGCGCAGACGGGGGUCAGGACGCCAAAGGAGCGCACCCAGCCAACAAGCCUAGCGACCGACCGAUUGCCGAUGCGAAGCAGCCGAUCGCGGAGCAGAGACGGCGGCAGCUCGAGGAGAUGCGGCAGCAGCGAGAUGCAGAGAUCGAGCGCAGAAAGAUGGCAGCCAGGCAGAAGAAGCUGCCUCCGAAGAAAAAGCCGCCGCCAGCGAAGAAAGGCAGACCGCCUUUGACGUCGCCCCAGAAGCCGGUAUCCUCCGCGGAGACCCAGCUAGGAGUGGCGGAUGUAGCGGCUGCAUCGUCGUCUCGGGGCAAACACGACUCAAAGCCAUCGCGGGAGCCUUCUGUGAAGAAGUCGACGACCACGACGGCAGGGAGUCUUCCCUCCCGGUCUGCGUCGCGACUCACGUCUCCUAGGAGAAGCUUGACGUCCAAGUCGUCGGCGGCGAAACGGAACUUUUCUUCGCAGAACCGCCUCUCUAGCUCUCCUGUUUGCACAUCAGUGCGGGGAGGAGAGAGCUCCGCCAGUCGGGCAAAGUCCGUGUUUGCAGGCGAGCCCGGAACAUCGCCCCAAGCACCCUCGAAGGCGGCGACCCCCCCGCCGGCCUCCACUUCAAGCGAGCCGUCAGCUUCCCUUACGGCUCCACCCGCGCCGGUGAUAUCGCCGACGUCUACUACUCAGAGCACCGCGCCGGUGCCGCCCCCCCCCGCGCCGAAACCUUCGCCGCCGCCUGCCGAUACGACGCCGAAAUCGCCUCAGAAGAAAGCUGGUCCAAAGCCGUGCGACCUGCCCCCCAAGGGGUUAGUGAAUACCUUGCAUCGGAGAAAUGUUUUUCUCUCCGCCGACGACGCCGUGUCCAGUUGCCUCUUCGGCAUAUCCGGCUUCCUCACCGAGAUGACCCUCCGGCCGAAGGAAGCGGCUGAGCUCUUCAAGGGGGUCGAAGGAGAGCAGAAAAGGAGGGAAAUGAAAGAGAAGACAAAGAUGCUUGUUGAGGCCCUCGAGUCGGUGGCAGACGAUGUGGGGCUGCGAUACUACGAGAAACUCGACGAGCUGAAGAACGCGGCCGCUGACCUCGCAGAGGCGCUAGGGCAACACGAGUCGUCGAGGGAAGAGAAGGAGGAUGACGGCGCUGCACAAUCCGACAAGGAGACGACAGCGAGGGGCUACAGAAGAAGCGCCGAUGCUCGACGUGGGCACUCUGCAGAGAAAAGAUCCAAGGGAGAUGGCAAGACAAUGGAAGCGACCGUGCACAGAGGCCGCGUGCCAAUGCCGGCAGAGAAACGCAAGGAACUGGCGGAUUUCUGCGAGCUGCAGACUGCUGACCUGACGAUUGAACAGAUGUCUGAGAGAGCAGACGCAGCGCUCGCGAGAUGCGUGACGGUGAUUCUGACGGAGUCUCUGCGGGCGACGCGGCGCGCCUGCCUCAUCGUAGGGGACAACUCGAAUCUCCACGAGAAGCUGCCUUCGGUGCCUACGCGCAUGGCGCCGCGCGCUCCGGAGGAAGUCGAAGACACGGUCACGUCUGCGGUUGUUCAGUGGUCUGUCCUCCGGAAGCGCAUCGAGAAGGAAACCAAGCAGCUGGAAGAGGAGGGAUUCAGCGACGCGUCGACAGAGCCGACGACGCGCCGGUCUAGCCGGUACCGCAGCCAGACGAGCUCCUCUUCGAAGAAGAAAAAGAAGGGUCACGCGUUGCUCUGCGAAAUUUCGGAUGCGCUCAAGUCCCCCUCGGCAUCUGAGCGACGCCGCGCGUUCAGGACUCUAGAGAAAAUGCUGCGCCACUGCUUGGAGAAGGGGAAACGCGAGUUCUGCUCUUUCGGCGACGACUAUAUGGGGCCGUCUCCGUUCGAGAGAGAUGUGGCGAUGUAUCGCGCCAUUGAGCGCAACAACAUUUUGCGCCAGCUGCGCGAGAUCUGCCUGUCAGGCAAAAUCAAGUCUGAGGCGUGGGACGACGACGUGAGCUCGAGCGAGGAGGACGAGGACCCCAGCGAAAUCAGCUGCCGCAGGGGCCCUCAUGCCGACCUCGACGGCCACACGCUGUCCGUGACGACAGAGGAAGGAGGAGGCCGCGUCGUGUCGGUAAAGAAAGGCAUUUUCGAGAACGAUGUUCCCGUCGAUGACAAGCUUCGCGGUGACGUGUGCGUCACAAUGGACGGCAACAAGAAAGUGGUUUCUGUCCGCAAGGGCGCCAACGACGUCUCUCUGUCGAGCUUGGCCGCGGCGUCUUCGGCGUAUCCGCCCGCAGCUGGGAGUGCACGGGGCAGAGGACGAAACUCACAAGGCCGCUCCGCACGUUUCCAGGAAGACAGACAUGAUAACAAGCGGGCAGGCAUCCUCAAGCACUCGCAGGCUCCCUACCAUCCCCCCCUGGGAGAGCUUCUGAAGCAGCCCGUCGUGCCAACGAAUUCUAACGUGUAUCAAAUUGCCGCCCACGCUGCGGAGAUCGUGACGCCGCCGCGGUCUGACGCGGGCGCGCCUUUAUCUCCUUCGGAUCAGCUGCCGCAGAGCAGAGACAAUCCCAUGCGCAGAGGCGCGCAGCCGCAAGCGGCAGAAUUCGAUUUAGAGGACUCGCUGCGCAAUGCCGACGUGGGCGAGAGGAGCAGGGUCGCCGAAUCUCAAUCGCAAAAAGCGUCGACGCCCGUGAGUGGCUGUGCCCGUUUCGACGACGAAAGCACCGGAACAGUGAUGCCGGAGACACGCGCGCCUGCUCACUGGAAGGAGGAAGAAGGGUCCGCCGCGACCCAUGCCAACAAGGCCAGCAGUCUUCACAUGCAGCCACGCUCGCGGCAGCCCUCGGUGUUCAGCGACGUCUCCGGUGUCUCUGGCCUCUCCGAGCACCGACUCCCCACGCAGCUUCGUUUAGAUCUCCUCGAUGAGAAAAAGCGGCUGAAGAGAGAGCAAAAGGCGCUGCAGAAACGGGCCAGCGAGAGCACAAGCCCCGAGCUUCAGCGCCGCUCACCGUCGAGAUCGCGCUCGGCAGUCCAGCCUCCGUCAAACACUCUCAGCGACCCAAACAAAGUCCAGAAUACACACAAAGGAAGAAGGACUUCCGGGUUGUGGUUUCAGUACACUGACGAGAAACGACAAGGCUUCAAAUUUGCGAGGGAGGACGCUUCGAAGGCAUCCGAGUUCCUUCUCCUGAACCUCCCUCCCGGGCAGCAUGGUGCGUCCGCGCAAGCAAGUCACUUGCGCCUUACUACAUCACGGCUGCGGUCUCGGACAUCGCCGAGCCGGGCUCCUGGAGGAGCGAGCCGCGGGGCAGGAGGCGGACAAGCCGGCCGCGGGAAGCCAAGGUCUCACAGUGCUUCUAAGUAUGGACCGCAGAGAGGCCCGACAGUCGUUGACGAGCGGCGCAUCGUUAACCUGAAGAUCAUCGACCCCUUGGAGUUUAAGCCGCCGCCGAAGAACAAGAAACUCGCCGACACCGACUGGGCCAAGUACGGGCGUCCGGCGCCUCGCAUCGCCCGCGAGCAGAGGGAGCAGUUGAAGCCGCAGGUGACAGCGGACGAGGACUUGGAUGCCUUCGAUUGGGCCCUCGACAAAAUUUACCGCGUUGUUGUGGGUGGACAUCCAGACGACGAAAAACAGGAACAGAAAGAGGGCGAUGAGGCGUCGCCUGAAAACGCACAACCGGGCGACCUGGCGCCGCAGAUAUCUGUCACAGCGGCUUCGCCUGCCGGUUCAAACUCCGGGGAUUCGCCUCCGCUCCCCAAGAGCCCCAAAGCGCUGCAGGAGCAGAAACUGCUCGCCUCAGCCGGAGAAACCGCCUUCGGAAAGUUCGGCCGACCUGCUGUGCCGCGGCGGACGCCCAGAGCUGCCGCAGAGCCCGCGUUCCCCACGCGUCAGGCGACGCUGAAAUUGGUGUCGUCGAAGCCUCUGGACCUCUCUAAGGUUCACAACCGACACAAGCAGGCUCCUGUGCCCAGACUGAGCCCCGAAGAGUUGAAGGAGCUUGAGCUCGACGGUCUCGACGAUGACGGUUCGCCUCCAUCUGCGACUCCGCUACUGAAGAAGGCCGGGCCUCAAACGAAAGGAGGCCUGCGCCCGUCGCCAAUAGCGCCCCCUGGGGUGUGUUUGCCGUCUCCUCGAGCCGAGAGGGCCAUGAUCCAUGACCUGAAACAGGGAAUAAAACGAGGAGAGGAGGCUUUUCUUGUCGUUGGGCGCGCUGCGGAUCCGAGAGUUCUUGAUAAGGCCAAGAGAGAAGGGAGACACAUCGAUGAAGUGACUGCCGUUGUCCGUAUCCAGUCGAUGUGGAGGAAACGCCGGGAGAAGUCACAAAAGCAAGCAUCAGAUGCCGCUGGGGCAGUGCAGAAGAAGCAGGUUAAAUACAGCGACGAGAAAAAUCUCAAACAGACCCGGGAGGAGGUGAAAGCGAAGGUGUGCUCCACCGUAAAGAGCGCAGAAGAAAAAGUGGAAGAACAGAAAGACAAGGACGACUAUGUGCGUGUGCCGAUACAGGUUCUUCACCAACUGCGUGAGGAGAUUAGCAGCGCGGAAGCGAGCGCUUGCCCGCAGCUCUAUGAGAUACCUGGCUAUCCUGGUGUUAAGGGCAACUUCGAGGGUCUCUGGCACAUCUGGAUGGCUCAACGUCAACGUGACCUUCAACAUGAGGCAACGAUGAUAGACAGUGUCCUUGAAAAAAGUGAUACGAGUUACACACUUCCGCGUGCGGCUCUCCCACAACUGGACAUUUCGGGUUCUUCAGUGGCUUGCGCCGCCGCGCCAGCUCUGUGGGAGCCUCUGCCCACAGAAGACCUGAUGACGCAUCGCUACGAAGCGUGUCCUGGCGCCCCGCCUGGCGUAGGCGUAGAGGAUCCAAUGGCGCACAUGCAUGGGCCUUCAGCAUACAGAGUUACGCUGAUGAAAAAUGAUGCAGCCGCAAGAGGCGCAGCGGCAUGCUAUCCCGGCGCCAGUGGAUAUGGAAAUCCACAGCUUGCAUACGACGUUGUGCGCAUUCCUGACACAGAAUGUUUUGAUGAGAUCAACGAGCAACGACGGAAUAGCCUGCUGGAGAGCGGCAGCGGAAUGACAGCCUACCCAGUUCUUGCCGUCCCGUUGAGCGAGGUGAGCAAGGAUAAACUAGGAAAGACGGGAGUUACUCAAGACAACACGUUCGUACUCUUCCCGUACGGCGAGGACGCGACGCAGUGUGGAUUCCAAAAACGUGCGUUCUAUGCCGAUGAAAUGCAUAGGUCUUUCGAUACUUUCUGGGACCAAAUGAAGGCAAACGACGUGUUCUGUAAUAGGUCGUAG